GAGCGCUCUCCACACGCUGGUUUUGCGUCUUUCCGUACGGUACCUAAGGCGAGAGGUGUCUAGCGUCAGGGGGCGACUUGGGACCUGGUCGCCGCCACCAUGGGUAAAACGGUUGAUUCUCUGGGUCAGGGAACCCGCCCCGACCCGGUGCGGAGCUUCAAUCGCUGGAAGAAAAAACACAGCCACAGGCAGAACCAAAAGAAGGAGCGGAGGAAGCAGCUGAAGAAGCCGGAAUGGCAGGUCGAGCGCGAGGGGAUCAGCCGCCUGGUGCAGAACUACGAGAAGAUAAAUGUAAAUGAAAUUACAAGAUUUUCAGAUUUCCCUUUGUCCAAAAAAACAUUGAAAGGUUUGCAAGAAGCCCAGUACCGCUUGGUAACAGAGAUACAGAAGCAGACCAUAGGGUUGGCUUUGCAAGGUAAAGAUGUGCUUGGAGCUGCCAAAACUGGAUCUGGCAAGACUUUGGCUUUUCUCAUUCCAGUGUUGGAAGCCUUAUACCGCCUGCAGUGGACUUCAGCAGAUGGCCUGGGGGUUCUGAUAAUUUCACCUACUCGAGAACUGGCCUAUCAGACAUUUGAGGUUCUACGCAAAGUAGGAAAAAAUCAUGACUUUUCAGCUGGUCUCAUCAUUGGUGGAAAGGAUUUGAAACAUGAAGCUGAGAGGAUCAACAACAUAAAUAUACUCGUUUGCACACCAGGUCGACUUCUUCAACACAUGGAUGAAACAAUAUGUUUUCAUGCCACCAAUCUUCAGAUGUUAGUUCUUGAUGAAGCAGAUAGGAUCUUGGACAUGGGCUUUGCUGACACCAUGAAUGCUAUUAUUGAAAAUCUUCCCAAGAAACGCCAGACUUUACUUUUCUCAGCCACACAGACCAAAUCUGUAAAGGACCUUGCACGCUUAAGUUUGAAAGACCCUGAAUAUGUUUGGGUUCAUGAAAAAGCAAAAUACAGCACCCCUGCUACAUUGGAACAGAACUAUAUAGUUUGUGAGCUGCACCAAAAAAUCAGUGUGCUGUUUUCCUUUUUGAGAAGCCACCUAAAGAAGAAGAGUAUUGUGUUCUUCUCCAGUUGCAAAGAGGUUCAGUACCUGUACAGGGUGUUCUGCCGGCUGCGCCCAGGCAUCUCUAUCCUUGCUCUCCACGGCCGGCAGCAGCAGAUGAGAAGAAUGGAGGUCUACAACGAGUUUGUCCGAAAGAGGGCUGCGGUGCUUUUUGCUACUGACAUUGCAGCCAGGGGAUUGGAUUUUCCAGCUGUGAAUUGGGUUCUUCAGUUUGAUUGUCCAGAGGAUGUUAACACGUAUAUUCACAGAGCUGGUAGAACUGCCAGAUACAAAGAGGAUGGCGAAGCUUUAUUAAUUUUACUACCCUCAGAAGAACAAGGGAUGGUGCAGCAGCUUCUCCAGAAGAAAGUACCUGUGAAGGAGAUCAAAAUCAAUCCAGAAAAACUUAUUGAUGUUCAGAAAAAAUUAGAAUCGUUUUUAGCCCAAGAUCAAGAUUUAAAAGAAAGAGCUCAAAGGUGUUUUGUCUCCUACAUACGUUCAGUAUAUCUUAUGAAGGAUAAAGAAGUAUUUAAUGUGAGCAAGUUACCUCUUACUGAAUAUGCACUGUCUCUUGGUCUUGCUGUGGCACCACGGGUAAGAUUUCUUCAGAAAGUGGAGAAGCAGCCCACCAAAGGAUUGGUAAGGAAUCAAGUCACCGAAGCAAUUCAACCCAGGGCUCCCUCCCUCACCAGUGAUGAAGUAGAAGAAUUUCGAGCUUAUUUCAGUGAGAAAAUGUCCAUCCUUCACAAAAGUGGAAAAAGACUAGAAGAGACAGAACACAGCUUGGCCAGUGGUGAUAGUGAAGAUCAGGACGAAGAUACAGCAGAUGAGGAAAUGGAAGAGCAGCUGGGAAAAGCAAGAGAGCCUCACACUGAACCUGAUCUCAGUGUUGAGGAGGAACAGAAGGAGGUCAAGGAAGCUCCUGUGCAGUUCCUAGACAGAGAUGAUGAGGAGGAAGAUGGGCCCGAUGCUGAUUUCCUCACAGUGAAGCGGCGUGAUGUGUUUGGGUUGGAUCUUAAAGAGAAUGAAGCAUUGUCGAAAAAGGAACCUUCUAAAUCCAGUGUCAAGAAAAAAUUAACCAAAGUUGCAGAAGCAAAAAAAGUAAUGAAGAGAAAUUUUAAAGUGAAUAAGAAAAUAACAUUUACUGAUGAAGGGGAGCUGGUCCAGCAGUGGCCACAGAUUCAGAAAGCAGCUGCAAAAGAUGUGGAGGAAGACAACGACGACGACACUGGUGGCAUCAACUUAGACAGAGCAAAGGAACGGCUACAGGAAGAGGACAAAUUCGACAAGGAAGAAUAUAGGAAGAAAAUUAAGGCAAAGCAUCGGGAAAGACGGCUAAAAGAAAGAGAAGCCAGAAGAGAAGCCAACAAAAGGCAAACAAAGGCUAGAGAUGAAGAGGAAGCCUUUCUGGACUGGAGUGAUGAAGAUGAGGGUGGGUUUGAUCCCAGCACACUUCCAGAUCCAGAUAAGUACAGAAGUUCUGAAGACUCUGAGAGUGAAGAUAUAAAACCUCAGAUGAGUGACACCAAGAAGAAGCAAGGAAUGAGGAAAAGGAGUAACCCUGAAGUGGACGAUGUACUACCAAGAAGUCAUCAUGGAAAGAAGGCCAAGUGGGAAACGUUAGAGCCUUUGGAUACAGGCCUGUCCUUAGCAGAGGAUGAAGAGCUGGUGUUACACCUGCUCAAAAGUCAAAACUAAAUAUUCUCUGUGCCUUCGUGGACUUUGAUGGACAUCAUUAUGUAGGCAAGAAGUUGAAAAGAGCUUGGGGGCACUUAGACUAUGUGUCCCAUUCUCAGAGGAUAUAUUCUCUAACAGAAGUGAUCACAUCUCUGGGUUUCUUUCUCACAAACUGAUUUUGAAACAUCAAGAAACAUACUCAAAGUAAGGAUGUAUUGUACACUUUACCAUUUUGCAGUAUGUGCUCUGUUAGAAUUUAUCAGUAGGCUCCUAUUACCCACCAUUGGAAAUGCUUAUUUUGUUUGUUUUCAUAGUGCUGAGGGUUAAACCAAGGCCUUGCACAUGGUAGACAAGUGCUCUACUACUGAGCUGUGUACCUAGUCCCUGUUUCUGUGUUUUACAGGCAGGUUCUGGAUCCUUUGUUCAUACCCGUUUUUCAUACAAUUCAGAAAUUUUAAUGUUAUUGUUAAAUGGAUAAUAAUUUUAUGUAUAUUUCAUUAUCUCCAAAGAAACAAUAUAAUGGACCAGCCCUGACAAAGAAUGAGUAUUUUUUAAUUGAGUGCAGAAAAAAUAAACAUAUUUCCUAUAAUGUAAA